AAAUCAUCCCCCAUUCAUUGUAUAUUUCUUUUUUUUUUGUUUCACUGCCUUAAGUAAUUAUUGGCAACUGAAAUAAAAUGAAAAACCCCGAAUUAUUACCAUUAAUUUCUCGGAAAUCGCCGGUGAAAUAUUAUCACAAUGAGAAUAUUUCAUUUUUCGAGAAAAUGAGGCGGCAGAAAUCAAAAAAGGAGUACUAUUCGAGGCUUGAAAAGUUGAAUCAGCUGUACGAGGAAGAUGACAAGCUUCUGGAAGGAAUCACGCAACCGGAAGAGCACGAACAAAGCACGGAUCGAUGGCUGGCCAACAUCUCCAUUGCUCUCAACCUGACACUUCUCUUCACAAACCUCCUCGCCUCAAUUUUAUCCGGUAGUUUAUCGAUUGUUAGUACUUUCGUCGAUUCGUUGAUGGAUGUGACAAGUGGAUUGAUAAUCGGAAUAUGUCUAAAAUUGAUAAGGAAUACCAAUAUGUUUAAUUAUCCCAGGGGAAGGAAUAGGUUGGAACUAGUUGGAGUGAUAAUCUGCUCGAUCUUGAUGGGAAUUUCCAAUACACUUUUGGUUAUGGAAUCGAUUCGAUCGAUUUUAGAAGGAGAUAUCAACCCAGUCAUGAACAUCACAACGAUUUCUAUCAUGCUUGGUGGAUCGGCUGUCAAAAUAAUUCUGUGUCUUAUCUGCUAUAAACGUGGCUCGAGCUCUUCAAUUGUUCUUGCAAUGGACAUGAGAAAUGACAUUGCCACGUCGAUAGUUGCAAUUAUUUGUGCAACAGUUGGAGAUCGCUACUGGCCUUACGCAGAUCCGCUUGGAGCUAUUUUAGUUUGCGGAGUGAUUGCCACGUCGUGGUACGGACAUGCAAUCGGACAUGUACCUCACUUGGUCGGGAGACGUGCGGAAAGCGAGAAACUAUCGAGAAUUCUGAAAAUUGUCAUAGAACAUGACGAGCGAAUUAAAUACGUGGAUCAUGUGAUGGUGUACCACACAACCCUUGAAGCUUUGGCAGAAGUACAUAUCGUGAUGGACGAGAACCUUCCGUUAAAAGUAACACAUGAUAUUGCUCAAAAACUGGAACAAAAAUUAAUGAUGUUAGUUUUUGUGGAACGAUGUUUUGUGCAUUGCGAUUAUGAGUGUGAUGGCGAUAAAUAAUUUUUAAUUUUUUUCAAAAAUCUAUAUUUAUUACAAAUUGCACAGUUUUUGUUGGUACCCGCAAAGUGAUUAAACCAAGAAAAGUAAA